UGUGAGAAAAACUUCAUAUGCCCCUGGCCCGAGUGUCUGCGGCGCUUUCGAAACCAAGACAGUUUGGACUUGCACUAUCACCGGCACACCGGGGAUAAGCCAUUCCACUGCGACCUUUGUCACUUCACCUGCUACGACAAGCACAUCCUCGUGAAGCACUAUCGUGCCCAGCACUCGCGAGAAUCUUGUGGCAGCUUGAUUGGCGGCAUUGGAGGCGGUGGCGCGGGAAGUUGCAGCAGCGGCGGUGGCUCCCUGUCCGGCCACGACCGAUCCACUACCACGGCAUCGGCUGCCUCUUCACAGUUCGCCGGUUUCGCACCACACACUCAUCCCCACGCCCAUUCGCGCUCGAUCUCCCAUUCUCUUCAUUUGCCUCCCGACCGCCAAGGCAUACAUUCACCUCCCAGCAGCUCAGCCGCCCUAUCCUUGUCGAUGGGCUCCUUGGCCGGCCAGGGCGUUGCCGACCUGAGCUGUCAUUUCCAUGCUGCUGGCAGUCAGUCUCAACUGAGUGCGGAUCCCGGAUCCGUUUCCAGUGGAGGGUUGCCUCGAGAGCUUGCUCCUGGAGCCGGCGGCUCUUUAGAUGCUGACAUUAAUCGCAUCCUCGACAGUUUGGAUCGCGACCCUGCACUGCCUGACAUAUUUCCUUUGGUAGAAUCUGGCUCUUGCAAACCAACGGCUGCCGGACAGACCUCAGUGACUCAGCAAUCCGUUCCGGUCAACUCAGCUGCGCCGCCUAGGGCGGGUUUAUUUGGUGGACUCACGAGGUCGGCCAGCUUCUCGUCCUCUCUUGAGUCCGCGGAUUCUGAAGUCGAUUCCAAAAUGGAAGAAGACGAAGAGGAUGAAGAGGACGAAGAAGACGUGGGCACCGCCGAGGUGGCAGGCUCACGCACUCUUAAGCAGGGUGCCAACGAAACGCCUACCAACGGAUCUCACAAUGACGCCGUUUUUGACGCCUCUUCUGCGGGAAAUUUAGCAACUGUAGUUUCGGUUCUUCAGCGAGCCGAUUCUCUUGAAUCCGUCGCCGAAGUGGAGGCAGCACGAGCCUACGCAAUCUCACUUCUACCUUCCUUCACGACUGGCCAACGUCUGGCUGACCAGGUGGCCGAGAUCGCAGACGAAGUGAACGCCUCUCUCGAGGAUACACCACCUCAUGUUGCUCAGGCCUUGUUUGCUUCCACGCGUUCGCUUUCGCGAGACGAGUUUUACAUGGUCGAGGUAGUCGAAAACCAAAUGAAUGCGCAUUUGCCGCUUGUCGCUCCGGCGCCACCGAGGAAACGUGGUCGACGGCCUAAGCUGCAACAUCAGCUACAGCCACAUCUGCAGCGCUUGUUUGGCCUCGAAUCAGGUGUCGCUGAGGCGAUGGCAACUGGUCUGGUUUCGGGACUUCAGAAAACGGCAUUAACUCCGCAAGGUGUGCCUGGUGGACUGCAUGCGCUUGGCAACAACGCGGCUGGAGUCUAUCGUGUUCCCGGUCGCGGAGGCCUGGGACGCGGUCGUGGUCGGGGACGGGGUCGUGGACGUCCCUCUUUGGCGGGGGGAACUGUGGUUUUUUCAAUCACAACUAGCUCGUCCAGUGCCUCCUUGGCUUCCCUUGCCACUUCUAGAAUUGGCGAUCCCCUGACUCUCCAAAUGUCUGGGCCCGGCUACCCAAGCCAUCCGAUGCCCGAGGUGUCGAGGGUAUCAGCGACUUCAUUUUCUGGCUCCAGCCCCUGUAUGACGAGUCCAGUAUGCCUCCCCGUGGGUAUGUACCGGGCUCGUGGCCCGACUGGCCGAGGGUCGCGAGGGGGUCGCGGUCUUCGGGAGUCAGCUGGCAGCCGUGGUCGUGGUCCCAUCAGUUAUUCAGAUUCCUGGCGUGGGCGCUAUCGCAUGGGCCACGAAUUUGUCACCACAGGUCCUGGUCGGGCUGAUGACGCCUUGCCUGCUCACCUUAUCCGCAGACCUUUUGAGGAGAUAGGACACUCUGUUGGCGGUCAGGACUCCGGUUCUGGAGCCCGAUUUCGACCUUUGCACGUGUACAAUUGCUCCAACAGAGACCAUGAACUCGAGGUCGACACGAACUUAAGCGUGGAGCAGAAGCUGAUGAUGCCUGGGGUCGUCAAGAGGCCACAUCCUCCUGACCGGUUACUGGUUAAUUCUGAGGCGCCAGAUUGUUUGACAGGAGAUUAUGAUGAAUUGGAAGAUGAAGAUGACGAUGAUGAUGGCCUAGACAUGGAGGAGGCUGACGAAAUCUCCUGCGAUGGCGACAUGACUGAGCUUCAUGGCAAAUGCAUCAAGGUUAGGCCAAAUUUUAUGUAUUUGUGCUGA